GUUGGUUAUUCUGCUUAAACAUUGGACAGAAAACAACCUCUGAAUACAACAACUGAUACAAAUCAACUUAUCAAACUAUACACAACUUGAACAACGUGAGACCUUCUGUAGCUUCAGUUGACCUAAUUGCAGCUAUGGCAAAGCAACCCCUUACGAAAACUAUCUCAGACAACUAUAAGAUAGUGAACGUGCUGGGAGAGGGGAGCUUCGGACAGGUCAUGAAAUGUGUCAAAGUGGACACUGAGGACAUGGUGGCUGUGAAGGUUUUAAAGAAAAGACACUCUAAUCACAGCCACACACGGGAGGUGUACAUGCUGGAAAAGCUCAGAUGUUUGGACCUUGAUAAAUCCAACAUCAUCAGAUGCCACGAGACGUUCUCCAGAAGGGGACACUCCUUCAUGGUGUUCGAAAUGCUCGACUUGAGCGUCUUUGAUUACAUCAUCCAGUCAGGCAAAAGUACUCUGCCUUUGAAUGGCAUUAAGACCAUCAUCAGAGACGUGGCCACAGCAUUAAAGGCCCUCAAAGGCAUGGGGUUGAUCCACACAGAUUUAAAACUGGACAAUAUCAUGCUAGUGGAUCAUAAGAGGCAGCCUUUCAGGGUCAAGGUCAUUGACUUUGGAUUGACGCUUGAGAAAACUGAAGUAAAACGAGGCCUGAAUGUUCAGCCUCUUUGGUACAGGUCUCCUGAGGUCAUUCUGGGUCACAGGUUUACAGGAGCCAUUGACAUUUGGUCUCUUGGCAAUAUUAUGGCUGAGAUGCUCCUUGGCUUUACACCUUUCCCAGGAAAGCAUGCAUAUGAUGUGUUGCGUUACAUUAUCAACCUUUUGGGUGAACCUCCAAAAAGACUUCUGAAUGGUGGGAUGUCCACAAAGCUGUUCUAUAAGAAAAGUCACAGGUGUUAUUUCUUCACUUAUUGGAAGUUCAAGAGGCCAGAGGAAUAUUUCAUGGAAACCGGCAUCAAGCCGAUGGAAUUGAGGAGACCAAGGUUUUUCUCUUUGGAUCAACUCAAAAUAUUGGAUAAAGAAAACACAGCAGAUGCUGAUGAAAGGAGUGACUGUGUUGAGCUUUUGAAGAAAAUGCUUCAGGUGGAUCCUAGGAAAAGGAUUACCCCAAAUAAAAUCCUGGUUGACCCGUUCAUAACAUUGACCCAUGUCAGGCCAUAUAAAAACUGUGGUCCCCUGGAUGUGAAGAACAAGAUCACUGACAGUCUGAGGGCUACAGAUGGCAGAGAUGUCAUAUCAGAUCCAAAGGCAUUUAUGAGAGAUUAUGACACAGCCAGUGAUAGCAGUGUCGAAAUGGAUUCCAUCACUAAAACCAUCAAAGCAAGACUACCUGUCAAAGCUUCUGACUCUAAUUUUAGUCAGGGAUCCUUGUGCUCACCUGAUGCCCCCGACCCCAAAAAGAAGAAAAGGAAGAAAGGAAUCUGGUGAUUCCUGCUUACGUGAGCCUAAAAUCCCUGAUGUGUGAUAGUCUGUGAAGAUCUGUAAUAAAACUCACUCUGUCAAGUUCA